AUGGAUCCUAAAAUAUAUCCUUCUUUGAAGGAUUUGCCACUAUAUAAAUUUUACAAAGAAUUGGAUGAUUAUAACAGAACAAAUAAGGUUAGCGACUUAUGUAAAAACAUUAUUGGCAAUCGAUACUUAAAUUCAAGUGAAUACAUUAAGCUGUGUGAGAAACUCUCGAAAAUAUUAUUAUCAAUAGAUUAUAUAAAAUCAAAACAUAAGAAAGAUGCAGAUACAACUUGCUCCUAUUUGAGCUAUUGGUUAUAUGACAAAUUAACGCAAAUUACUUCUGCCUCUAGAGAUAUAGACACCGUUCACUAUGCACUAGGAGAAGUAUAUAGAUCAUCGCAAUUACCGGAACUAUGGUCAGAGUGCUACUACAAGUACUUUAAUAAAUGCACAAAAAGUGAAUUUGAAAUAAUAAAAAAGCUACAUGAUUAUACUGAAGCGUUUAAAGACAUUCAAAGUAUAAUUCACAACAAUGGUGUUGGUACUACACAAAAGGUGAAAGAUUACUGCGCGUUCAUUGCAGACGGAGUUAGGCAAUAUAACCGUAUUAUUCAAGAAUAUGGUGAUUGUGAUAAAUCAAAUUAUUGCCAUGAAUUGAUAGCCUUUAAAGAAAGUUUUGAUAAAAUUGACUUAUCUUCAUUAAAUUGUAAAUGUAAAAUCCCACUGCCUCAACCAGCAGAAAAGGGAGCAGCAAAUUUGGUGCAAUGGUAUAGAUCAAGUGGAUAUUGGUCUCCGGGUGACUCAUAUGAAGAAUGCUCACUUAAAAAUAACUUCCUUUUUGGUAAUUUCUUUGGCUCAAACAAAUUAGGCCGUUUUUGGAUAACAUUAUUGGGAUCAGUUCUCAUCAUAUUAUUUCUCUAUAAGGUUAAUAAAAAAUGCUACUAA